ACCCAAUGGCAUGCGACGUCCUGUUGGUGGGGGCAAGAAAAAAGACACGGUAUAGAAAGCAGAGAGCGGAAGACACACAAUCGCUCACCUGCAUCUCCUUUAACAAAAAGCCGCUGAAAGCGCCGAAUUGACACAAGAGUUUCCCCUUCAAGACGCCCAGAUGGAAACCAGAAACACAGAGGAGAAACCAGUUCAGCGGUCCAAGUCUUUCAGCUUCAAGACGCAGAAGGAGGUGUGCACAUCCUGUGAGAAGACUGUCUAUCCCAUGGAACGGCUGGUGGCAGACAACCAGGUCUUCCACUCCUCAUGCUUCUGCUGCAAACACUGCAACACCAAACUCAGCCUGGGAACCUUUGCUGCCCUGCAAGGUGAAUUCUAUUGCAAGCCUCACUUCAAGCAGCUGUUCAAGAGCAAAGGCAACUAUGACGAGGGCUUCGGACGCAAGCAGCACAAAGAGCGCUGGGCCGCCAAGGAGACGGAAAACAUUACCAAGACGGCAUAAAAGCAAACAAAAAAAUGGUGACAUGAUCGCCCACAAGCUUUUUUUUUUCCCAAACAAUUCUUUUUAACUGGCCAUAAUUUACACCAUUUUUUUGUUGUUAUUAAGUUUAUCCAAACGAGUUGAUUGUGACCAAAGGCCUUCUUGGCUAUGGCGAGGGGUUCGACGAUACAAUUCUUUUAUUUCUUAUUGUUUAUUAUGAGUGAUUUGCACCCAUUUAAUCACGUCAGCAGGCACACUUUUACACACACACACUCAGGUCAACUAUCCCAGGCUCUUUAUUGGCAGUGUGACCCAAGGAUUUUGUACAAAAAUGUUAGAAUAACAAACCGCAGCAAUCUGGAGCGCUUGAAGGGGGAUCGAACAGGGUACUGUAACAUUACCUCGCAUGUUUUAUCGUAUUUCUCUUGUGUGUGUGUGUGUGUGGCUCAUUCUCAUUAUUUUUUAAAGUGUCGACCUUUGUAAAAUGUGGUCGCUACGAGUGUAUCCCAACAGCCUUAUUUUAAACCACUGGAUCGGCCUAUAAUGUCGAAGUUACUGGUUUUAUUUCAUUUCCAAGCACUUGGGUCAUUUCUUUAGUGAAUUUCUCUGUACAUAGCGCUGUAGUUUUUGUGAUUCGUGAAUACCCUCCACUCUCCACCGACCUCGAGUUUGCCGAAACCCCCCACCUUUGUGACACUUGUCAUUUGAACCAUUACAAUCAUGUAAAAUUCCUUUCCGUUACUCUCCCCAACCACUAGUGUGUGCCAAUCUUCAUUAAGCCUAGUUGCAUAUUUUACAAUAGGAAAGUCACAGGACAACAAAUGACAAAAUGUCACUAAAUGCAAGGUGUUAGUGGGAAAGCAUUUAAUGUUUCUGCGCGUCAUUGUACGUGGCAGGCAUGGAUGGAUAAAUAUAAUUCCCUAAUCUGUUGGCACCUGGACCUAUUCCUUGAUGAAGUGGUGCCCCCUUUCUGAAAUGAAUCGUGCAUGCUGCAUGUUUGACAGCCAGUGCAGAGCGCCCCCUGCUGCUCACACGCUGGCUCGUCUGAGAAAGUAUAGUAAAUUUCAACAUUUUUAAAAAAAAUGCCUUUUAGACAAAGUUGCCUCAGUUUGCGGUAUCCAUUUCGAUUGACCGACAAUGAAAUAGCAUUUUAAUGUAUUUUGUGGUGUGACGACAAAAAGAAACCACAUUUUAGGUACUUCACUGACACUUGAAUGACUCGGUUAAUUUUAUUACUGUGAAUCGAGCAUGCUGUGACCAAUAAAUAGAUUGAUAUUUGCAUUUUUAAGAGAAGCCUUAGAACCUUCUUCGACUUAUGUCCUUAUCAUGCCUUUUCAAAAACGGACUACUCAUGCCACAUUCCCACUCAACUCACGCCUCCACAAAAUGUACAAUAUUUCUAACUCUAUUGUUACAUAUGUUUGUGUGAUGAGUUUUAAAAUCUUAAAUGCUUUAAAAUCAAAAUUGUUAUACUGUAUGUGGAAAAAUGUGUCUUUACUUUUUGGUUGGUUGUCACUCACCAAGGUACAUCUGUGAACAAUCUCUCUGUUCAGGUGGUUGAUGACAGAAGUUUUCAAAAACGUUAAAUCUGUCGUUUUGUUCUUGUGGACUACUAUUUUCAAACAUACGCCUAUUUUUGAGAAUGUUUUUUUUUUUUUUUUUAAACGUUACACACACACUUUACCUGUGGAUUGAGGUGGCCUUAUAGCAAAAGAACGCUUGGACUCCACUUUGUGGUCUUCCUCUUCCCUCUUUUUUUAAUUUUUUUAAUUAUUUUUUUUAUAGAAAUGCUUUUUAUUUACACUUAAAACGCCCUUUAUUCUAUGCCUCGAUAUGUUUUUGAGCAUUUGUCGUGUUUUUUUUUUUUUUUUAAU